CGCCCGUCCGCGCACAGACCUGUUCCCCGCGGGACCGAACCCGUUCAACCCGGGGCCAGGGACGCGGGGCGGGGAGGGCAGAGGGGCGUUCCGAGGAGCUUCCCUCUGCUCCGCGCCCACAGGCGCUUUCCCGGCCGGCCGGGCCAAGUUUCGUUUCCCGCUGGCUCCUCCUCCGCCUCCGCCCGGUCCCUCCGCUCUGCCGCUGGCCCGGCUCGCUGCUCCCGACUCCUGGCUCCUGGCUCGCUGCUCCCGGCUCGCUGCUCCCGGUUCCUGGCUCGCUGCUCCCGACUCCCGGCUCGCUGCUCCCGGCUCGCUGCUCGCGGUUCCCGGCUCGCUGCUCGCGGUUCCCGGCUCGCUGCUCCCGGCUCCCGGCUCGCUGCUCCCGGUUCCCGGCUCGCUGCUCCCGGUUCCCGGCUCGCUGCUCCCGGUUCCCGGUUCGCUGCUCCCGGCUCGCUGCUCCCGGCUGCCGGCUCGCUGCUCCUGGCUCCCGGCUCGCUGCUCCCGGCUCGCUGCUCCCGGCGAUGCUGGGGCGCUGUGCCCCGGGCUCCCCGUGCCCCCGGCCCGUGGCCCGUGCCCUGCCGCCCUCCGCCAGCGCCCUCCGCCAGCGCCUGCGCCAGGUCAGCGCCGCGGAGCCCCCGCUUGGCUCCCCAGCGCCGUGGGACGGGCGGGUGCCAAGGGAACGAGGGUGUGCGGAACGGAUCCCAGAGGCUGAAGCAAUACUCGACCUGAUGGAGAAAUGCCCAGAGCACCAAAAAAAGGGAAGUUUUCCCGUCAUAGUUUUUGAGGGGCUGGAUGCCACGGGCAAAACCACAGUGACCCAGGCUGUUAAGGACGCCCUGAAUGGCAUUCUGCUGCGGUCCCCACCAGCCUGCAUCAGCCAGUGGAGGACUGUAUUUGAUGAUGAGCCAACACCCAUUAAAAGAGCAUUUUAUGCUGCGGGCAACUACAUUCUGGCUUCAGAGAUCGCGAAAGCAUCCACACAGGCACCUGUGAUCAUAGACAGAUACUGGCACAGCACAGCUGCCUAUGCAAUUGCCACUGAAACAAUUGGGAAAGUUCAGGAUCUUCCACCAGUUCAAGAUGAGGUUUAUCAGUGGCCUGAGGAUCUUCUUAAACCUGAUCUUGUUCUUCUCCUGACUGUUGACCCUGAAGAACGAGUCCGGAGACUUCAGCAUCGGGGGUUGGAGAAAACAAAGGAGGAAGCUGAGUUGGAAGCUAACAGCUUGUUUCGCCAAAGUGUUGAAGAGUCAUACAAAAGGAUGGUGAAUCCUGUCUGCCAAGAGGUUGAUGCCAGCCCCUCCAAGGAAGAGGUUCUCAAGACUGUUCUACAACUAAUUAAGAAACACUGCGCUUUUUAAAAGCAAAUUUUAAACUGUAGUAGCACUUAAAAGAUACUUUUUAUUGCCCCACUGGUUUUGGUACUUGAAAAUGCACAGUUAUGUGUUUUGUCCCACAGAAAUAUUGAAUACAGUUUUAUUCUGUCUGCAGUAAUCUGUGCAGGUUAUCUGUUUAGUUGUUGCUACUCUUCUGUAUAAGGCAAAAUACUAUUCAGGUCAUUCAGCAUUCUUAGUAAAGGAACAAACAUACUACGGUCAUGCAUGAAGUGCCUCACUGCUUUUCUGACAUCAGGACAUUUUGAGAUGCUAUCAUGUUGCAUCUUCAUCACCAGGAGAACCUAUUCCCCAAUCCAUUGUGUACCAAAAUUUGCUGCACUGCAUCAGGAGCAUUAGAUGCCAAAGAGUGGCUGAAAUAUCAUCAGCACUAAAGCCAUAAAAUGAUCAUAACAUUUAGGAACAGAAAAUCCAGUGCCCAGUGUUGAGGUGUUGGGGUUUUUUUUGGAAUAGAAGAUGAGCAGCUGUUGCUGUGAUGGGAAUCCUGGAAAAAAAAUAUGUUGUAAAUGAGUGCCAGUGAAGACCAAGGGCUCUAAGUAAUAAAGUCCAAACCUGUUUAUAUAUCCAAAUAAAAUAUCAAUUAUUUUCAGAGGGAAACCAGAAAAUGACAGCAAAUGAGAAACAGAUACCUGAGGAGAACCCAAAAUGAAAAACUUAUAAAUGAUCACUAAAAUAUUUUUUUACAAAAUUUUUCUUUAUCCUAUUAAUAUUUGUUAAUGAGACCUAGUAUUCUUUUGAGAGAAUGUGAAAUGAAAAACCACAGAGAUUCUGAGCAAUGGGAAUGAUUGCACCUUUUCAGUUCAUCUUUCUUUUUGUGUGGGUGUUUGAGCAGGUUGAAUGUGAAAGCAGGCUACAUCAAGACUUCAGGUCUGCAAAAGCUUAUUUUUGUGUGUAUUAGUUUAACUGUUGUUACUCCUAAGUGUAAAAGUAAACAUAUGCAUAAGCCUUUGUGAGGUCAGAAAUAAUCACAGUUCCAUUAAAAAAAAAAAAUCUUAAAAUGUAAAUUUGAUUUUAAACACUUUUACUUACUUUCCUGUUUUAAGCAAGUGCAAUUAUAAAUGAAUCUGUCUUCUAAAUAAAAACAUACUCGGUACUGUAAUUCCUAUGUCCAGUCUAUAUAUACAAGGUGAUAGAAAGAAAAACUUCUAAAAAUACAGUUUAUUCAUGCACUGUU